AAUUCUAAUACUUCAGAAUUGAGAAAAGAAAGUAGCAAUAUGGCAGUUAUGAGAAAUUUUUAUGUAAUUUCGGUUGUAUAUAUAUUUUUCACACUUACAGAUUCUAGCCUUCGAAUGAUUGUGUUACUGGAAUUAUAUGAUCGACAUUUCAAUGCAUUGCAAUUAUCUCUAAUGUUUACAUUAUACGAAUUUUUUGGAGUCAUUAUAAAUCUUACAGGUGGUAUUAUGGGAUCACGUCUAGGUAUUCGAGUCUGCCUUGUUUCUGGUCUUUUUGUUCAGAUUAUCGGAAUAACAAUGCUAUUCGGUCUUCGAGGAUACUGGAGCUCAUGGACGAAAGAUUUGGUCAAGUUAAGUGGUAAAUCUGUAACAAAAUUAGUGACAAAGGAUAACAGUCUUCAUCAAACUGCAUUAUUCAAAUUGGUAGCCUGGACUACAGGUGCAAAAAAUUCUGGUGCUGGUAAAGUCGCCAUGAAUGUAGGAUUUUAUUAUAUGGCAAAUGUUUUUGGAAGAUUAGUUGGAUUAAUUGUGGGUGGUAUAUUAUACUAUUAUGUUGAAUUGGAUGCUUGUUUCAUUCUUCCUUG